CUAAGAAAUCUUUCUUUCGACUCCUCGGCUCACCGACCCCGCAUCACUUGCGCCAUUUGAAACUCAGUCAGUACUUCCCCCUGCACACCUGGACUCCUGAGUUCACAAAGGUGGAAACAAUAGAGGCAGCCCCAGGCCAGGAAAAAGUUCCGUUUAAAUGCAAACGUGCCGGGUGAGUCUGGUUCCAGCCCGCAGCCUAGGCGGGUUUGGCUGAGCUCUGCAGCCUCCCCCCUGCUGUCACUCUGGCGUGAGGCGGCGGGGCGUUUGGGAUCGUCCAAUCAGGGGAGGCUCUGGGGCAGGAGGGUGGGGCCGUGCGCUGGACUUCCUGUGAAGGUGGCUUCCGGCUGCUGCCGCGCUGCGGGUGAGCUGUCUUCUGCCGUAAGUGUCUUGGUGUCUCUGCCAGAGCCUUUGUCGUACUGUGACCUGCACUGGCCGUGGGGGUCGUAGGAAGGACUCGGGGGACCCAGGAGCCCUGGAAAUGGACUCAGUGACCGUUGAGGACGUGGCUGUGAACUUCACCCCAGAGGAGUGGGCUUUACUGGAUCCUUCACAGAAGAAACUCUACAGAGAUGUGAUGUGGGAAACCUUCAGGCACCUGGCCUCAGUAGGAAUAACAUGGGAAGAUUGUGAUCUUGAAGAUCAGUACAAAGACCAGGGGAGAAAAGUAAGAAAGCAUAGGGUAGGGAGACUCUGUGAAAGUGAAGAGGGUAGUCAGUGUGGAGAAAACGUCAGCCUUCUUCCAAAUCUCAGUCUGAACAAGAAAACUACAGGAGCUAAACCAUGGGGAUGCAGUGCAUGUGGAAGUGUCUUCACGCAUCAGUCAUCCCUUACAACACACAUCAGAUGUCACACUGAACAUAAAACAUAUGAGUAUCAAAAAUUUGGAGAGAAGCCAUAUAAAUGUAAGAAAUGUGGCAAAGCCUCCACUUAUCUCACUUUACUUCAACCACAUGAAAGAACUCAUACUGGAGAGAAACCCUAUGAAUGUAAAAAGUGCAGUAGAGCAUUUACUUCUUCCAGUCAUCUUCCACUUCAUGAAAGAAUUCAUACUGGAGACAAACCCUAUGAAUGUAAGAAGUGCAGUAAAGCAUUCACUUCUUCUGGUCAUCUUCGACUUCAUGAAAGAAUUCAUACUGGAGACAAACCCUAUGAAUGUAAAACAUGCAGUAAAGCAUUCACUUAUUCCCGUUAUCUUCAAAGACAUGAAAGAAUUCAUACUGGAGAGAAACCGUAUGAAUGUAAGAAAUGCAGUAAAGCAUUCACUUCUUCUGGUUCUCUUCACACGCAUAAAAGAAUUCAUACUGGAGAGAAACCCUAUGAAUGUAAAACAUGCAGUAAAGCAUUCAUUUAUUCCCGUUAUCUUCAAAGACAUGAAAGAAUUCAUACUGGAGAGAAACCCUAUGAAUGUAAAACAUGCAGUAAGGCAUUCACUUCUUCCGGUUCUCUUCACAUGCAUAACAGAAUUCAUACUGGAGAGAAACCGUAUGAAUGUAAGAAGUGCAGUAAAGCAUUCACUUCUUCCCGUUAUCUUCGACUUCAUGAAAGAACUCAUACUGGAGAGAAACCCUAUGAAUGUAAAAAAUGCAGUAAAGCAUUCACUUCUUCCAGUUCUCUUCAAAGACAUAAAAGAAUUCAUAGUGGAGAGAAACCCUAUGAAUGUAAGACGUGCAGUAAAGCAUUCGCUUCUUCCAGUUCUCUUCAAGUUCAUGAAAGAACUCAUACUGGAGAGAAACCCUAUGAAUGUAAGACGUGCAGUAAAGCAUUCGCUUGUUCCGGUGCUCUUCAAGUUCAUGAAAGAACUCAUACUGGAGAGAAACCCUAUGAAUGUAAAACAUGCAGUAAAGCAUUUACUUCUUCCAGUUGUCUUCGACUUCAUGAAAGAAUUCAUACUGGAGACAAACCCUAUGAAUGUAAGACGUGCAGUAAAGCAUUCACUUCUUCCAGUCAUCUUCGACUUCAUGAAAGAACUCAUAGUGGAGAGAAACCCUAUGAAUGUAAAACAUGCAGUAAAGCAUUCACUUGUUCCCGUUAUCUUCAAAGACAUGAAAGAAUUCAUACUGGAGAGAAACCGUAUGAAUGUAAAACAUGCAGUAAAGCAUUCACUUCUCCCAGUCAGCUUCACAUGCAUAAAAGAAUUCAUACUGGAGAGAAACCCUAUGAAUGUAAAAAAUGCAGUAAAGCAUUCACUUCUUCCAGUUAUCUUCACAGACAUGAAAGAAGUCAUACUGGAGAGAAACCCUAUGAAUGUAAAAAAUGCAGUAAAGCAUUCACUUCUUCCAGUCAUCUUCGAUUUCAUGAAAGAACUCAUACUGGAGAGAAACCCUAUGAAUGUAAAACAUGCAGUAAAGCAUUCACUUCUUCCAGUUCUCUUCAAGUUCAUGAAAGAAUUCAUACUGGAGAGAAACCCUACCAAUGUAAAAGAUGCAUUAAAGCAUUCGCUUGUUCCAGUUAUCUUCGCAUUCAUGUAAGAACUCAUACUGGAGAGAAACCCUUUGAAUGUAAAAAAUGCAGUAAAGCAUUCGCUUGUUCCAGUUAUCUUCGAGUCCAUGAAAGAAGUCAUACUGGAGAAAAACCCUUUGAAUGUAAAAUAUGUGGUAAAGCCUUCAUUUCUACCAGUUUUCUUUCAAAACAUGAAAGAACGCACACAAGAGGGAAAUCCUAUGAAUGUAAAAUCUGCAGUAAAGCACUCUCUUCUUCCAGUUCUCUUCAAAGACAUGGAAGAACUCACACUGGAGAGAAACCCUUUGAAUGUAAAAUAUGUUGUAAAACCUUCAGUUGUACCAGUUCUCUUUCAGUACAUGAAAGAACUCAUACAGGAGAGAAGCCCUAUGAAUGUAAAAACUGCAGUAAAGCAUUCACUUGUUCCAGUUCUCUCCGAAAACAUGAAAGAACUCACACUGGAGAGAAGCCCUAUGAAUGUAAAGAAUGCAGUAAAGCCUUCACUGCUUCCAAAUAUCUUCGAGUGCAUUUAGGAAGUCACACUGGAGAGAAAGCCUAUGAAUGUGAGGAACGUGAGAAAGGCUUUAGUUCUCAUGCAAACUUUUGAGGAUAUGCACAAAUGCACACUAGAGGUAAAAGCAGGUAGAUAGAAACAAUUUGGGACUUUUCUCACCCCAGUUCUUUCUUGAAGGCAGAAAGGACUCAUUGGAUAAAAAUGUCUUCAAUGUUGAGAGCUUGAGAAAGAGUUCAGUUGGCCUACACCCUUCUAUGUGAAACUCCCACCAAAAAGAAACGUAAACGUAAGUCAUAUGAGAAAGCUUCAUGGAAAUUAAUUUGUACAUGAGGUUCUAGAAAACGUUCAACAGUAAAGAGUCGCUAUCGAAGUGGUAAAUAUGUUGUACUUGUCAAGCCUUUCUUAAAGUGCAACAUUAGACUGUGGAUUUCUAUUAAUUACUUCAGAAAUGAGUAUUGAGGUGAGAUGAUUCUGCUAGUCAUCCUUCAUAAAUAGUACAUAAGAUUUAUAGGUAGUGCUUUUCCCUUAAAUCAGUUAAUUUUUUAUCUUUUGGUUUUUUUUGUAAUGUUUUAAUUGUUUUGUGUGAAGGGGGUAUUGAAACGUGACAGUUUGUAUUUGUUGUGAUUUUCUUACUGGCCUUGUAUUUACGGUUCCUGCCUGUGCCUCAUCCAUUGUACAUAUUGUACAUGUUUCAGAGAAAGCUCCUUUCUGGGGGUGGUGGGUGGAGGAGCCUGUUUUUAUUUUCUGUACUGUUAAACAGUUGAGAAAAAAUUUAUGCAUGGCACGUUUAUCCAAGAGUAUACUUCCUGUGAAUUCUUAGUUUCCUAUUUGUGCCUUUGCUGUUUGUCCUUCCUUCUGACUGUCAUUUGGUGAAUAGACUUUGAAUUAAGUAGAGGCCUGUGGCAGGGCAACAAAAUCUAGAGCUGGACACAUCACCCCUGUACUUCAUUAUGUCAGUGAGGGUUAUCUGAAGAGCUAGAUAUUUAAGAUUGCGUCCCCUUGAUGGUUGCUUGUUGAAAUUCCACAAUGGCCUCACUUGCAUGAGAUUUGGAAAGCAGAAGCACACAAGGCCUUAGGCCGAUUUUCGAGCCAUCACCAAGGGAGGGAGACAGUUACAUAGGAAAUUCAAGGACACCAUCUUCCAUCCCUUUUUCUGGAUUCUUUGCCCUUCUUGUCAAGAGUAUCUUGGAAACCACCAAGAAUUAGUUGAUUUCUGUUUUGUUAAAGAUGCAUUUUCCACCAGUUUCACAUCAAAGAUCCAUUCAAGGUAGGAUCUUUCUGUAAGACCUCUUGUGUGCACCAGGAAGCCAAUUCCGACCUUUGUGCUGGGAGCGUUCUCUGAUUCCCCUUUUCUCUAGAUGAUAAUUGAGUAAAGUCUAACGUGUAUGGGAAACACCUUUGCUGCUCGUAGUGCUAGUGAGCACAUUUUCCUGCUUCACCAUGGCAUCUACAAAGGGAUGUAAAAAGAAGCACCUGCGAGUUUGUUUCUCUGCUGCCUUGUGCAGCAGCUGCCUUGACCCACUUCUUCCAUGUGAGAACAAUCACCUUUCUCAUGUUGGGAAGACUGUGUGUGUUUCUUGUUACUUGCAGCUUGAACGUAUUCCCCCAAUGUGUUGUCAAUGACCUUUGAGUGUGUGUCAAUAAAAGUGUGUCCAUCUGUUUGGGAAUGAA